AGUGCUGCAAAUAGUUAACAACCGGUAACCGGUAUCGAUUAUGGCAUCUGAAAAAGAGGCAAUCGCUAUCGUCUUGGAUGUUGGACCAUCCAUGGAUUCAGCAGCAGAGGGCGAUAGAACGAAACUUCAGGAAUCCAUAGAUUGUAUUCAUAUGAUUCUUCAAAGAAAAUUAUUUUCCGAAUCAAAAGACGAAGUUUCGUUAAUUCUUAUCGGGUCAGAUGAAACGGCAAAUGAGUUAGCUGAUGAUGAUAGCUACAAUAAUAUAUCAGUUGCCAGGCCUUUGGCAACAGUUACAUGGCCUUUUUUGGAAUUCGUGCAGAAUGACAUUUCCCCAACGGAUAAUGAAACCGAUUUUUUGGAUGGUAUUGUUGUUGCAGCUGAUCAUUUACGCUCUCAGACUAUGGGUAAAAGAGGAUUUGUGAGCUCUAAAAUAAUAUUAUUUUCUGAUCUUGCUGGUCCUGUGGCUGACAAUCAACUAGAUGCAAUCACUAAAUCUCUCAAAUCCGCGGAUAUAGCUUUAAACGUUAUUGGAGUAGAUCCUGAUGAAGAUGAAAGUGACGAGGAUAGAAAACCACCGCAAGGGGGUGCAGGACCCUCGACUGCUCCUCAUAGAAAACCCAAAACUCCUCAACAAAAGUUAGGUGAAAAAAUUGUCAAUCAUAUUUUAGAGGCUGUUGACGGAGAAUGCUAUACAUUCAGUGAAACAUGGGAGUUUUUGAGUAAUUAUCAAAGUAAAUCUGUCCGUCCAACUGCCUGGAAAUGUCAACUUGAUAUUGCAGAAAAUGUGAAAAUUCCGAUAAAUGCUUAUAUCCGAGUAAAAGAAGCAAAGUCAAAAGGCUUUAAAACAGUUUAUGCAAAAGAUCCCGAGUCCACUAUUAUAAGGGAGAGUACACAUCACUUAAACGACGAAGAGGAAACAGAGGUGGAAAGGAAAGAUAUGGUUCAAGGACAUCGCUAUGGUAGUACAUUAGUGCCUUUUUCGGAUGAAGAUCUCCAGGCUAUGAAAUUUAGAAGUGAAAAGUGCUUUCAGGUUUUAGGAUUCACUUCUCGGGAAAAUGUCAACAGGUAUAUGUUUAUGGGUGAUAGCACAAUGAUUGUUCAUCCGGAGAAAGGAGACGAAGUGGCUGCCGCCGCUCUUAGUUCAUUAAUAAAAGCGUGUCAACAAAUGAAUAAGGUCGUUAUUGUUAGAAGAUGCUAUAGUGCUAGUUCAUCACCUAAAAUUGGUGUUUUGGAACCAGAUAUCGAUGAAAAGAAGAAUAGGGAAAGAUUUUUUUACCACGACCUCCCAUUUGCUGAAGAUGUUCGUCGAUUUACGAUGUCUACUCUUCCAUAUUCGGAAGAGACCAUAACAGAUUAUAACGACAAGUUUAAACCUUCGGAUGAUCAGUUAGACGUUGUCGAUGGCCUUAUUGAUUCUAUGAUGCUUGUCGUUAAAGAUGAGGACGGAGAGAAGAUCGAAGAGAAGAAACCUAAGAAUCUCUUUAAUCCCUAUUUACAGAGACUCUAUCAUUGCUUAAAUCAUAGAGCUAAUGACACAACUGAAGCUUUACCCGGACCAAGUGAUAGAUUGGUAGAAAGUUUAGAAAUGUCUGAGAGAGUAAAGGAAGCAUCAAAUAAUCAAUUGAAGAAAGUAAAGGAAACAUUCCCGUUAAAGAGAGUUGCUAAAGCAAAAGGAAAAGAUACCGCCGAUAAUGUCUUUAAUAUUGAAGAGAAAGAUGCUGAGGGUGAAUCAUCUGAAAAGAAACCAAGAAUGGACGAUGUUGAACUAUCAGAUCUACAGAAAGAAAAAGUUGAUAAGAUUGGAACUGUAACACCAGUUGAAGAUUUCUUAGCUAUUCUAUCUCAAAAAGAUCGAGAUCGUUAUGACGAAGCAUGCGAAAUGAUCAGAGAAAGAAUAAUACAAUUAGUCUUCGAUUCAUUUGGAUCUCAACUGUUUUCUAAAGCUAUAGAUUGUUUAAGGGCGUAUAGAGCUCAAACUUUAAAACAUUCCGAGCCAAGAGAUUUCAACAAGUUCCUCUUUAGCCUAAAAGAGAGUUUAUUUCAGAAAAAUAAAAAGGCAUUUUGGAAAUUAAUGAUCGAAGAAAAACUCGGACUGGUAACCAAAUUAGAGUCGGAAGAAAGUUCCGUCACCAAAGCUGAAGGUGAUGAUUUCCUAACCGAAGUUGUUGAAGAAAAAAUUAAGGAGGAAGCACCGCCGAAAGAGGAUGCCGAUGAAUUAUUGGAUAUGAUGUAA